GGCGACAUCGAGGAGGCCGUGGUCAUCACGGACCGGCAGACGGGCAAGUCCCGUGGAUACGGCUUUGUCACCAUGGCUGACAGAGGCGCUGCAGAGCGAGCGUGCAAGGACCCCAACCCCAUCAUCGACGGCAGGAAGGCCAACGUGAACCUGGCCUACCUGGGCGCCAAGCCGCGGAUAAUGCAGCCAGGUUUUGCCUUCGGUGUUCAGCAGCUUCAUCCAGCUCUCAUACAGAGGCCUUUUGGGAUACCUGCUCACUAUGUCUAUCCGCAGGCUUUUGUGCAGCCUGGAGUGGUGAUCCCGCACGUGCAGCCCGCGCUUUGCACAGGGCCUCCACGAGUUGCCUUAGAGAGACCCUGCCUUCUCACCGCGGUGUUGCGGGGCACGGAGCAAGCAGAGGAGCGAGGCCUGCUAGUAAGAUGGCGCCUGGGCACCAAAGUUAUUUUCUCCCAUGUCCUCUGGCCGAUCGGAGCUGUGGAGCAAGUGAGGUGGAAGGAGCGGGUGCAGCAGCUGUAG